AUGCCAGCCUAUUUCUAUCAUAUUAGCUUGCAAAUCCUCUCACAGGGCUCACCCAACACCUCGAGUCUCCCGAAUUCCUCAUCUAUCGCAAUACAAUCUGCAUGGGAAGCUUUAAAACCAUUUCAGCAACGGAGCCGGUCUUCAAGCUCCAACUACCUAUCACCGACAGGAGAUAAUCACACCUCGCCAGCCUCUGAAGAUUCUCUAGUCCAUCGACAAAGACUCACAUCCACUCUGUCCGCCUACACUACAGUGACCCCACCACGAAGCAUUCACUCCGCGAGCAUCCCCUCCGAUACCGUAUUCUACACUGGCACCACUACCCUGCUGAAAGAAGACAAGCGCUUCGGCGCUGUCUCAAUUGAGUGCAUUGAUAUGGUCACCUCGAAGGAUCCGCCAAAGCGCACUUCAAAGCGUGGUUCCAUCACAGAGUCGGAGAACCUUGUUGCUGCGGGCAUCGGCACAGAGAUCCUAAGUGGCCACCGCACCAAAGGCCAUUAUAUCCCGCUCGAUCAUCAACUUCCCGACAGUGUUUGGGGAAUUGUUCACCUGUAUCGCGAUACACAGGAGACGCCCUAUAUCCGAAAUGAUGACGACUACCCCACAUAUCUCAAAGGCUCCGCAGCUGCGGCCCGGCACCCGGGUGAGCAGCAGGCUGAACUGAGGCAGGGCUUAUUUGGUGCAUGUAGUGCGAAACAAUCUUCUGGUGCGAUGAGUGUGGCAUAUCCUUUCCCCGAGACUAUCUCCUCUGCGCAGAACCCCGACGAGAAUUGUACAACAUUAUGCAUACUGGCUGUGCCGUCUUAUCUGUCGCCCCCAGACUUUUUGGGGUUCAUGGGUGAGAAUACAAUGGAUGAAGUCAGUCAUUUCCGAAUGAUUAGGACUGCCCGCGCGAAUCGAUAUAUGGUUUUGAUGAAGUUCCGGAGUGGCCGGAAGGCGAAGGAAUGGCAAAAAGAGUGGAAUGGCAAGGUUUUUAAUAGCAUUGAGCCUGAGACCUGCCAUGUGGUUUUCGUGAAGACGGUGGAGAUCCAAGUCGUGGAUGCUGAAACGCCGUCGUCUGAGCAUGGUCCGCUCUCUCCUGGCCUCUCGGCUCCCUCUCGACCUCCGGUGCCCUCUGCUGGACAGGCGACUCUCACUGGUAAACCUCUUGCGCCACCUACACCGGCGUUAAUCGAAUUGCCCACUUGUCCUGUUUGCCUAGAGCGAAUGGAUGAAACUACCGGACUUUUAACCAUCAUCUGCCAGCAUGUUUUCCACUGUACGUGUUUGCAAAAGUGGGAAGGAAGCGGUUGUCCUGUGUGCCGGUACACGCAAGAUGACUGUCGCAAAAGCAACGCAGGCCUCAAACCAGACCAAGAACCACAAGAGUGCAGCGUCUGCCACACCGAAGAGAACCUCUGGGCCUGUCUAAUUUGCGGAACCAUCGGCUGCGGCCGCUAUGACGGCGCCCAUGCAUUCGACCACUGGAAAGAAACAACCCACGCAUUUUCUAUGGAUCUCACUUCCCAGCGGGUAUGGGACUACGUGGGCGAUGCAUAUGUGCACCGUAUUAUCCAAAACAAAACCGACGGCAAGCUUCUCGAGCUUCCUGCAGCAGACCACAGUGCCCUGGAUCCACCAGACUGGGGUGAUGCCGUCCCACGCGAGAAACUUGAAAACAUGAGUAUUGAAUACACCCAUCUCCUUACCAGCCAACUGGAAAGCCAACGCGCCUACUUUGAAGAAGUCGUCGAGCGCGCAGUUGACAAAGCAUCCCAGGCCAGCGCGGCCGCUGCCAUUGCAGAAGUCAAUGCCUCCAGCGCCUCGUCGCGUCUUGAAGAGCUUCAAUCUAAAUACGACGUCAUGACACUCGAGACGCUCCCAUCACUCGAACAUGACCGCGCCCGCUCGCAGAAACGCGCAGAGAAAUUCGAGGCCCUAGCUCGUUCCUUCGAGAAGAACUUCCAGCAGGAAAAGUCUAUGAAUCAGAACAUGAUGCAGCGGCUUGAUCUUCUUGCUAAAGAGGUUGAGGGUCUUAAGACUUCGAAUGCUGAUCUCGCGGAGCAGAAUCGGGAUUUGACUUUCUUCAUCAGUGGCUCGCAGAGGCUACAGGGUCAGGGAGAGGAGAUUGAACAGGGGACUGUUUCCGUGCCGGAUCCGCCUGCUAGUUCGAAGAAGAAGAAGAAAGGCAAAGGGAAGCGGUAG